AGCAAACACAUCAUGAGCUCGAAGAAGAAAGGGAAGAAGGGCGCCAAGGAGCAACCAGAUGAGAACGUCCCUUUGCAUCCACUGAAGCUGGAAGUUGGGCGCCUGCAUCAUGGAAGUGCAGAUCCCCGCGCAGCACAGGUCAUUUCCCGCAUCAACAUGCACUUGCAGGAUAUGAAAGCGCGGCGUUUGAGUUUCGGUGAACUUGUGGUCGUGUCGACAGACACAAGUCCACCGACUCCUGUCAUGUGCGGAACAGUCUGGCCUUCAGACAAAACGAAACCUGGUAUGGUCGUGCUGGGCUCUGUGUGGAAAGAAGUGGCGGAGAGAGCAUCGUCGCAAGCCGUGACGGUGGCUACAUUGUCCAGCACUGCGACUCGAGUCGUUGCCACGCAAGUGACGCUGCAGGCGCUGACACAAGUCCCAGUAUCCGACAAGGAACAGUCUCUCCUGGGUCAAUACGUUGCGUGCAUGAUGAUUGGCAUGUACGUGCUGAACGACGCCAUCCUUGUCCUCCCAGUGCAUGGCGCAAGUCGCCGGUUUCAAGUCAUCCAGUGCUCGUCCAAGACGAAAGUUAUUCCAUCAUCUGUGCCUUCUACUACUAUCUACUCUGUCGACACUUCCACGUCCGUGAAUGUCCACUGGGCAUCGUCAGCAACUAGUUCAGUUGUGAAAAGCACAACGCCAACAUUUCAAGCUAUUGGUGGCCUACAAACUCAAAUUGAAGCUGUGAGACAGCUCAUCGAACAACCUUUGAUCCAUCCUACGCUUUUUGCAUCGUUUGGCUUGCCUCCACCGAAAGGUGUGCUGCUCUACGGCCCACCUGGUACUGGCAAGACGCUGAUCGCUCGGUCAGUGGCCCACGCAGCCCAAGCCGCGGUUUUCACCAUCAAUGGGCCCGAACUCUUGAGCAAAUUUGUUGGUGAAAGCGAAGCGAAUAUCCGCGCCGUAUUUGCCGCCGCCGCCGCGCAAAGCCCCGCCCUCGUCUUCAUCGACGAGAUUGACUCGCUAUGUCCAAAACGCGAUGGCCACGUCGGAGACAUGGAAAAACGAGUGGUUGCUACGCUCUUGACAUGCAUGGAUGGAUUGAGCGCAUCUCCAGGAGUAGUCGUAUUGGCAGCUACAAACCGACCGAAUGCGCUGGACCCAGCGCUGCGCCGUCCUGGUCGUUUGGACCGCGAGAUUGAGAUCCCGAUCCCAAGCGCCCAAGACCGUCUGGCCAUCCUCAAGGUGACUCUGGCCAAGAUUCCGCACGCGCUGACCCCUGAUUCGAUGGACAACGUUGCAAGCAAAUUACAUGGAUAUGUUGGCGCUGACAUCAACGCGCUUUGCAAGGAAGCUGCUCUCCUCGCACUCCAUCGGGAUCGCCAUGACAUAAAAGUGACUGACGGCGACGUGAAAGCUGCCAUGAAGGUUGUGUCCCCCAGUGCACUUCGCGAGAUAUCCCUCGACAUUCCCCGCGUCCUGUGGAGCGAAAUCGGCGGUCAAGGGAUGAUCAAGCAACAGCUAAAGGAAGCCGUCGAGUGGCCAUUGAAGCACCCUGAUGCGUUUGUUCGCAUGGGAAUUCGUCCUCCUAAAGGCAUUCUCCUCUACGGACCACCUGGCUGCUCCAAAACACUCACUGCGAAAGCGCUGGCAACGGAAGGCGGCAUGAACUUCAUUGCAAUCAAAGGCCCCGAGCUCUACUCAAAGUGGGUCGGUGAAUCGGAAAAGGCCAUCCAGUCCAUCUUCCGCAAAGCCAAAGCGGCAGCCCCGAGCGUCGUAUUCUUUGACGAAAUCGACGCUGUCGCGAGUUCCCGCGGUAGUGGCAGUUCGGGGGUGAGUUUGCGCGAGUCUUGCGCAUGUCGUUGAUAGGUUGGUGUGUAGGUGGCCGAUCGUGUGCUGAGCCAACUGCUCAACGAACUCGACGGCAUCGAAACUUUGAAGCAAGUGAUUUUGGUCGCUGCGACAAACCGACCCGACCUCAUCGACAGCGCGCUGAUGCGUCCUGGGCGGAUAGAUCGCGUGUUGUACGUGGGACCUCCAGACGAAGUGGCCCGGGCGGAGAUCUUGACCAUUCACACACGAAAAAUGCCUCUUGCUCCCGAUGUCGUGAUUCGUGAGCUGGCCAAGGCAACGACCCGCUAUUCCGGUGCAGAAUUGGCGUCGCUCUGUCGAGAAGCAGCGUUGUGUGCCAUGCAAGAAGAUGUUGAAGCGCUGCAUAUUGCCAAGCGCCACUUUGACUUUGCACUGGCUCAAAUUGUACCGCAAAUCAACGAUUCGAUGCUCGCCUUUUUCGACGCCUAUCGCGAAUCCCAUGCCAGGGCGUAAACAACUUGAGAGAUCCACCACGCAUCCUGGACACUAUUAACAUCUAUUACGCCGUUAACAUCCAUCAUGACUCGGUGCAAACGGAGCUUCAGAGCCACCAAGUCCUACGACAGAAUCCAGCCCAGGCCGAAGCCGCGACUGGCGAAUCACCAAUCUGCGAGCCACGUUACCAAGAUGCG